ACCAGAGAGAGAAUAUCAUAAUCAUAUAGUGAGAUCAAAUAACACUCACUGGAACGACAACAAUUCGACAAGGCAUCAGAUCCAAACGUCACAGCUCCAGAUCUAGUUGAUCGGCAAUGGCCUCGACUUUCAGCGGGGAUGAAACGGCACCAUUCUUCGGCUUUCUCGGAGCGGCUGCUGCCCUCGUCUUCUCAUGCAUGGGAGCCGCAUAUGGGACAGCUAAGAGUGGUGUUGGUGUGGCGUCAAUGGGAGUGAUGAGACCCGAACUGGUGAUGAAGUCAAUUGUUCCUGUUGUUAUGGCUGGUGUGUUGGGUAUAUAUGGUUUAAUUAUUGCUGUCAUUAUCAGUACUGGAAUUAACCCCAAGGCCAAGUCAUACUACCUUUUUGAUGGAUAUGCACAUCUCUCAUCUGGUCUUGCUUGUGGACUUGCUGGGCUCUCUGCUGGAAUGGCAAUUGGAAUUGUUGGUGAUGCGGGUGUCAGAGCUAAUGCCCAGCAGCCAAAACUUUUUGUUGGAAUGAUCCUUAUCCUCAUCUUUGCUGAGGCUUUGGCCCUUUACGGGCUAAUUGUUGGAAUCAUCUUGUCCUCCAGAGCUGGUCAAUCCAGGGCAGAUUAAAAGGGAACUGUGGCGCCUUGUAUUCUUUAAUUGCUUAUCCGUGUUACUCCAGGAAGAUUUUUAUCUAUUCUCAGGUUGGCUGAUGACGGCCCUUGCUGGGGCCUUGAAUUUUAUUGUACAACUGUCUCAUCAAGCAUCACGAGGGUCAUCUGUGCUAUUCGUAGAAGUAUUUAGUUUCUCUGCGCAAUAAAAAGUUGGGAAGCUUUUCAUGUGUGGUUCUCUCUUAUCACUGUAUUUUGUAGACAUUUCAAACUACCAUAGGUACUUAAAAUUUCUGGAACCAGUAUGUCUGGUCCUUAUUAUUUAUGUAUACUUUACUCAAUUGCUUGCAUCUAGCUUGCGGUACCGGUAAGCCUCAAGAUUAUUGCUUUCA